GUAGUUUCCGGAUUGGCUGAAACGGAAGUAUCGCGAGACCACGGUGUGCUCUCGUUUCCGGGGAAGCAAACAGUGAGCAAGUUUGCCUAUGUUAGCUUUCCCAUUUAUUUCGGUUUUUUUUUUAACUUACUUCACCUUCAAAGGAAAUAAGUGUCACUAUGAUGUUAGUGUUUGACAGAAUGAAACCGAGCAAGUGUCGCGCUCGUUAGCUUGUUGUUAAAGUUAGCUUUAGCGCGGUUAGCUUGCUCGCGUUAGCAUCACAGUCCCAAGCGAGCUUUAUGGCAGUGAGGCGACUUGUCCUAUUUCUAGCCAACUCCAAACAUGAAGCAGGUUGCUUCUCAUGGGAGGACAUGAAGAGCAUUCCGGUUUGCUGCAGUAGUUGAAAAGGUCAGCAGUUCUACACCCGGACCAUGGAGAAGAUGUCCCGGGUCACCACAGCUCUUGGCAACAGCGCCAUCAGCGGUCGGACCAUGUUCUGCCACUUAGACGCUCCCGCCAACGCCAUCAGCGUGUGCCGUGACGCCUCGCAGGUGGUGGUGGCUGGCCGCAACAUCUUCAAGAUUUACGGCCUGGAGGAGGAGCAGUUGGUGGAGAAGCUGAAUCUCCGCGUGGGCCGCAAGCCGUCUCUCAACUUUAGCUGCGCAGACGUCAUGUGGCACCAAAUGGAGGAGAACCUGCUGGCGACCGCCGCCACCAACGGCGCCGUGGUGACGUGGAACCUGGGGAAACCGUCUCGCAACAAGCAGGAACAGCUGUUCACCGAGCACAAGCGUACCGUCAACAAGGUGUGCUUCCACCCCACGGAGGUGUACAUGCUGCUGAGUGGAUCGCAAGAUGGCUUCAUGAAGUGUUUUGACCUGCGCAAAAAGGAGUCUGUCAGUACUUUCUCAGGUCAGUCAGAGAGCGUGCGAGACGUUCAGUUCAGCAUAAAAGAUUAUUUCACGUUCGCUGCUUCUUUUGAGAACGGAAACGUGCAGCUGUGGGACAUCAGACGGCCGGACCGCUACGAGCGAAUGUUCACCGCCCACACGGGUCCAGUGUUCUGUUGUGACUGGCACCCUGACGACAGGGGCUGGUUGGCCACAGGAGGCAGAGACAAGAUGGUGAAGGUGUGGGACAUGACCACAAACCGUGCCAAAGAGAUCUACUGCGUCCAAACCAUCGCCUCAGUGGCGCGAGUCAAGUGGCGUCCAGAGAGGAAGUUCCACCUGGGCACCUGCUCCAUGAUGGUGGAUCACAACAUCUACGUGUGGGACGUGCGAAGACCGUUCAUCCCCUUCGCCACCUUUGAGGAGCACAAAGAUGUGACCACAGGUAUUGUGUGGCGCCACCAGCACGACCCUCACUUCCUGCUGUCGGGCUCCAAAGACAGCACGCUCUACCAGCACAUGUUUAAAGACGCCACGCGACCCGUGGAUAAGGCCAACCCAGAAGGUCUCUGCUUCGGCCUUUUUGGCGACUUGGCCUUUGCAGCUAAAGAGAGUCUAAUCAACGGCGAUGCCAACAGAAAGCCUUACCCUGGAGGCGACCGCCGCUACCCCAUCUUUUUCUUCAAGAAGCCAGACCUGACAGAGAAGUUUGCCCACGUGUCAAGUGCCCUGGCCGUCUUUGAGAAAGACUUGGACAGUAACCACAUGGACUGGUUUGUGAAGACGGCACAACUCUACCUCCUCAGCGGGAAGCCCUUUGCCGAACUGUGCGAUCAUAACGCCAAAGUGGCUCGCCAGCUCAAAAGACCUCAGGUUUCAACAACGUGGACCAUGCUGAGGAUCAUGUACUCUGACCCAGCAAACAUCACUACUCCUGGGCUCAACCAAAACCUCAGUAAACUGGGCACCUUACCUCUAAUGAACAGUUUCAGCAUGAAGGAGAUGAGCAACGAGGGCAGACUGGAGCGCAGCAAAGGCGACGGCAGACAGGACAACGUCCACUUGGAGCCUGAAAACAUCAGCAACAAUAACGAAGAAAAUGAGGAGACGGAGGGUAGCGAGGGCCAGGCUGAAUACAUGUUUGGAGAUGCUGAGCUCGAUGAUGAUGACCUGUACUCCAUGGAACAUGACAACCAGACAGAGGAGCAGGAGUGCACGCUCCCCCAGGAGGCUUUCCAGCUCCGCCACGACAUCCUGGACAACCCGUCCGCUCCCGAGCACCUCCAGCAGGACAAGGCUGACUCGCCGCACGUCAGCGGCAAUGAGGCUGAGGUCAUGUGCCUGACGCCUAUCGAGUCCUUCCCCCUCAUCUCCAUCUCCCAGCCGCUGUUCACCCCCCAUCUUUCCGCCAGCUUCUUUUGCCCCAUCGUGCGUGAGAUGCUCGGUUACUACGCAGAGCGAGGCGACGUGCAGAUGGCCGUGUCUGUGCUCAUCGUCCUGGGAGAGCGGAUACGUAAAGAGAUCGAUGACCUCACGCAGGAGCACUGGUACAUGUCCUACAUCGACCUACUGCAGCGUUUUAAGCUGUGGAACGUGUCCAACGAGGUGAUCAAGUUGAGUACAUGCAGCGCCAUCACUUGUCUGAAUCAGACGUCCACCACCCUGCACAUCAACUGCAGCAACUGCAAACGGCCCAUGAACAAUAGAGGCUGGAUUUGUGACAGGUGCCACCAGUGUGCCAGUGUGUGCGCCGUGUGCCACCAUGUGGUGAAAGGACUGUUUGUGUGGUGUCAGGGCUGCAGCCACGGUGGUCACCUCGAGCACAUCAUUAACUGGCUCAAGAGCAGUGCCCACUGCCCUGCAGGCUGCGGGCACCUGUGUGAGUACACCUGAGUUCAGUACUGACAGACACUCACACUUACCAGCUUCACUCACACACACUCAAGUGUUCCUCUCUUAGGCUGCCUUUCUAAUAACCGGAAUGACUGAAGGUACAAUUCAAAAAGCAAUCAUGUUUGUAUUUAAAUCUAUGGAUUUGUAUAUAAACAUAUUAUUUUUUCACAUGCUUUGAACAUUUUGCAUAGUUUUUAAUCCUGUCGGCAUCGGAAAGACAGGCCACUGUAGAUAAUAAUUUAGAUUGACAUGACUAACCUAAAGCAAUUCAUUUUGAAUGGAAGAUUGCUGUAAAGGUAUUAGUCAACUUUAAUAAGACGUUUUUUUUUCCAACA